AUGUCUGAUCAAGGUGCACCCAAGGGCUUUCGCUUCUGGGCGGUUAUUGCAGCGCUCUCCAUGACGUCGCUGCUAUCUGCGCUGGAAAACACAGUGGUAUCGACACCUUUACCUACGAUAGCAGCUCUGUUGGAUAUUGGACGAGACUAUUCCUGGGUCACCAACGCUUUCUUCCUCACCAGGUUGCAAAGAAUCGAUUAUGCCGGAAACCUCGUCAUCAUUGGUGCAACCGUCGCGAUUCUCUACGCCCUGACCUACGCCGGUACUCUGAUGGCAUGGUCCGACGCUCGUGUUAUCACGCCUCUCGUUGUGGGUGUGAUUGGAUUGGCAUUGUUGAUCCCGAUUGAAGUUUGGGUGGAAAGACACUCUCCCGCGGACCCUGUUGUCCCUGCGCGCCUUUUCUCGAGCCGGACAGGAAUUGUCGUGGGAGUCAACACUUUUAUCAACUCCAUGCUCCUCUACUGGGCAAUGUUCUUCCUGCCGCUGUACUUCCAGUCCGUGAAGCAGUUUACUCCAGCUGAAGCCGGGGUUCAGAUGCUGCCGGUGCUGUUGGUCUCCGUGCCUAGUGCCAUCGCCGCCGCUCUUGUCCUCUCGAAGUAUGGAAAGUUCAAGCUUCUCCACGUCGUUGGCUUUGCGUUGAUGGCCGUUGGUCUAGGGCUUUUGAGUAUAAUGGGCGCGGAAUCCGCCAAGGCGCUAUGGGUCACCUUCCAAAUCAUCGCUGCUAUAGGCUCAGGCAUGGUAUUGAACACACAGCUGCCUGCUUUUCAAGCUAGAGUUCCAGAGGCCGACCAGGCCAGUGCGACCGCAACAUGGGCAUAUAUCCGAUCAUUUGGCAAUAUAUGGGGGGUUUCCAUCCCCGCAGCAGCCUUCAAUGGUCGGUUCGAGGCAUUGGCAGCCGGUAUAGCUGAUGAUGCUGUGAGAACGGAUUUGGCCCAAGGCAAGGCUUUUCAACACGCCACAAAGACUUUCGUCAGUGGUUUGCAGCAGCCAACACUAAGACAGGCUGUGCAUGUUUUCAGCGAGUCGCUUCGGCUAGUCUGGUGGCUCGCCGCUGCAUUCGCUGCCCUCGCGACGCUGUUAGCUCUUGUGGAGCGGGAGAUACCCUUGCGCACUGAACUCGAGACCGAGUUCGGGCUCACAAGUACCGAACACAUAGUAGUCGAAGACCCAGAUGAAUCAGGUGUGAAACACGCAAAGAGCAAGGACACCGGGGGCUCGACGUUUGCUGAGGACGGGCCAGGAAUUCAUGAGAGUGGCUUGGUAUCCGAGUCUCAUUGGUAG